GGCUGUCAACGUGCCUUUCUUCCGUCUAUCUACGGACUGUGCUGCGCCAUUGAAAUUCUGCACGUCAGGCACAAUUUGCCGUGAAGUUCGCAAAAUCGUGACUAACUGAAAUGUCUCUUGAGCGCGUUUUUAGUUUGUAUUUAGAUAGCUGCCUUCACAUACUGCAGUGUCGCAUGAAACGCGCGUCGAGGACGUAGUCUAGAAAGUUUCCUUGUAUUUUAAUUCAGUGGCACGCGCUUCGUUUGUACUUUUUUUCGUACUUGUUGGUAAGGCACGGUCUUCGCAAUGGGUUGUCAUUCGUAAAUAACAUUUUAUACUUUGUUGUGGUCUCUUUUUUUUUUUUUUUUUUUUUUACUCAGUCGUGUGUUAUAACUAACAAGUCUUGACAAACGUUAAAAAAGGUUAACGUUUUGAAAGGUAGUUACGUAACGUUAGCUAGCUGCCAUUGUGUGGGCGAGUUUGGCGAAACUUGUGAAAGCGAGGUAACGUUGCAAGUAAUCGAACAAACUUUAAAAACGUGUUUUUUUUAUUUUAUUUUCAAGUUUGCUUGUUUACUUGAUAAGUUUAUUAUCUCUAAAUUGAUUCGAUAGUCAAGCCGACGUGCGCAGCCGUGUUUUUGACAGAUUUUUCGAGUUCAGUCCUGUUUGUCUUUAGAGGGGCGUUUACCCUGAAGUGUCAAACUAGCUGCCCGGCCUCAGUUUGCUACAUGUAUGUGCACAAGCUAAUAUGUAGCUAACUAUGAUAUUAUGUAACGGUUAAUGAUUGUUAUAACGUUAUUGUACUGCAUCAUAGCAAGCUUUUGGUAAUGUCAAUGCUGAUAUCCUUCUUGAAUUUUAUAGCGAAUUCAUGUUUUCUUGUGCUUAAUGUCUGAUUUACAUCUAGCUAGCAAGCUGAAUUCGGUGCAUUGCUAGCAAACGUACAGUACAUGGCUAAUUUGACGGCAGAUACUUUCUUUUAACGUUUGACACCCCCAGAUAUUUAUAUUUGUUAGAUUAAGUGAUCAGGGGAAUAACAGCGCACGAGAUGGCUAUGUCAAGGCUUUUUAACUAGCUAACGUUCGCUAUAUUUUCGUCUCGCGAGGAAAGUAGAAAGCCAUUCAGCUUACGUUGCACGAUAAAUAUUGGCUUUGAAGACUGUUUGGAAACCAUAGAUCUCAUAAUUCGAACAAACUGGAGAUGAACUAGCUUGGGAAACUCCAAUUUUUGAUACAGGAUCAAGAAAUGGAUCCAGGUGGACUGAAACACAGCAAUAACAAGGACAAGGGUUUGGCUUUCGGCAAACUCUCAGAGAGCGGUGUAGAAGGAAGCUUCUCGGGUGACGCAGGUGGUUCCAAGUCCACCACAUCAACCUCCCUGAUGCAUCUGCCAGGCUCCAGACCCCAGCCACCAGCCAGAGACUCCGCCAACGGACUGAAUGCCACUACGACUCAGAUGGAGCUUUCCACAGGGGGACUCACUAUAGAGGAGGCUGAAGUGAAGGUAAUGGAGAAGGCCCUUAGAAUGCAGCAGCCACAGAAACCGCAGCAGAACCAACAGCUGUUUGAGAACUUUGCUCUGUUGGAGGCGAGUAUUGCAGAUUUGAAUCGAUCCAACACUCCAGGGAACUCUGUACUUGGAGGCCCUCAUGACCUUUUCUCUCUGAAAACGGAGAACUUCUCACCCAUGGAUAAGGACAGGCUUGACAUGGGGUCAGUCAGCUUUGGACAGUCACAGAAGGACUUGGAUGUCAACGAGAGGCUCCUUGGCGACAAUACAAUGGACAUUCUGCACGAUUUGGACUUGCCUGGCUCUCUGUCUGACCUGAAUGAGUUUUACGUGUCUGACGAGGCUGCUUUCCUUUCCUCCCUGUCAGUGGAGGAUGUCCUGCUCGAGGACGGCAACAUGGAAACCAAGCCCAUAGACUGUAGCAAUGGGGGAAACUGUACAAAUGUGGACAGCGCAGACCAGCAGAAGCAGCUUCUGGAGCCAGGCAUCUCCAUGCCUGUCAUCAAGACGGAGGAGGAUGCUGACACCUCCUUCAUACAGCUUUGCACCCCAGGGGUCAUCAAGCAAGAGAAUGAUCGUCGGAGCUAUUGUCAGAUAUCCAGCCUGGACUUGCCUAGUACCCACAACUCGGUGGGCUCAAUGAGUGGGCCGAGUUACCCCUAUGGAGCAAACACCUCGACAGCAGUGAGUCUACAGCAGGAUCAGAAGCCUGUCUUUGGCCUGUAUCCCCCACUGCCAUCGGUCAGUGACAGCUGGAACAGAGGCAAUGGAUACGGGGCUGGAUCAGGGAUGUCGAGCUCAUCUUUUCCUGUCGGCUUCAGCAGUCCAACGGCGAGACCCGAGGCCAGCGGCUCCACGUCGUCAGCCCCUGCCAAGCCCAGCGGUCCAACCCAUAAGAUCUGCCUGGUGUGUUCAGAUGAGGCGUCUGGUUGCCACUAUGGAGUCCUCACCUGCGGAAGCUGCAAGGUCUUCUUCAAGAGGGCCGUUGAAGGAUGGAGAGCACGACAAAACACAGAUGGACAACACAACUAUCUGUGCGCUGGGAGGAACGACUGCAUCAUAGACAAGAUCCGCAGGAAGAACUGCCCGGCGUGCCGCUUCCGCAAGUGUCUCCAAGCAGGGAUGAAUCUGGAAGCGAGGAAAAACAAGAAGCUGAUCCGAUUAAAAGGUCAGCAGACGUCGAUGGAGCCGAGCCCUCCCCCACCUGACGAGAGGGCCUGCGCCCUGAUCCCCAAGUCCAUGCCCCAGCUGGUACCCACCAUGCUAUCCCUGCUCAAAGCUAUCGAGCCGGAGGCCAUUUACUCUGGCUACGACAGCACCAUUCCCGACACCUCCACCCGCCUCAUGACCACCCUCAACAGGCUGGGCGGACAGCAGGUUGUCUCAGCUGUCAAAUGGGCCAAGUCCCUACCAGGGUUCCGGAACCUUCACCUGGAUGACCAGAUGACCCUGCUGCAGUGCUCCUGGCUUUUCCUCAUGUCGUUCGGCUUGGGCUGGCGCUCCUACCAGCAGUGUAACGGGGGGAUGUUGUGCUUCGCCCCUGACCUGGUUAUUAAUGAUGAGAGGAUGAAGUUGCCCUACAUGACCGACCAGUGUGAGCAGAUGCUGAAGAUCUCUACUGAGUUUGUGAGGCUGCAGGUGUCCUAUGACGAGUACCUGUGUAUGAAAGUCCUGCUGCUGCUCAGCACAGUACCAAAAGAUGGAUUGAAGAGCCAGGCUGUGUUUGAUGAGAUCCGCAUGACCUACAUCAAGGAGCUGGGGAAGGCCAUCGUCAAGCGGGAAGAGAACUCCAGCCAGAACUGGCAGAGGUUCUAUCAACUUACUAAGCUACUGGACUCCAUGCAAGAGAUGGUGGGGGGCCUCCUGCAGAUCUGUUUCUACACAUUUGUGAAUAAAUCCCUGAGCGUGGAGUUCCCGGAGAUGCUGGCUGAGAUCAUCAGCAACCAGUUACCGAAAUUCAAAGAUGGGAGCGUCAAGCCACUUCUGUUUCAUGCCUUAAACCAUGACACAAUGCCUUAAAACCCCGGCCUCCCCGGCCUUCCGUCCGCCCGCCCGUCAGAUUGCCAGCCAGCCGGAACCGCCUAUUUUCCCUGCAGAUUGCCCAGGACCCCCACCAUUACGGAUUAAUGUAGUGAGAGCGUGCUCCUGAAUCGGUUUCCAGAGGACUCCGGUGGAGAAAUAGAACUUGCAAAGGAGAAUGACACAGUGACCGAGCGACAGGUCACAAACUAGACUGACCCUUCUGAAUCAAACAUAACCUUUUCUGGAAUCGUGUUUAGACCAUGAAUCACUUCAUAACAGUUGAUUAUUGUGAGAUUGGAGGAAUCAAAUUUUACCAAUGAAAAGAGAUUAAUAUUUUGAAUUGAUUUUAUGCAUGCACACACCGGCUCUUUUCUUCUUCUUUUUUCUACACACAAGAUUAUCAGAAAAGGGAAAACGUGCCUUUUUUUGGUUUAGCUUUGCAGGCUGUCUAUAGCCAUUCUUAUCAAACUGUCAAAAGCAAGUAUUUUGCAUAGGAAUCUAAUAUAAACACUUUUGUAUGCAUUUCUAUCUGUUAUUCACAAUGGCAGUUUCUGUUCUCUUAACAGCCAUGUUUCUUUUCUCAAUUGGGCAGCUUAAUGAUCCCCAGAAGUGAACUAGCGAGAGUGAGCUCCUCAUGUAAGGUAAUGAAAUCCAACAUUUAUGUCCAAUUUCAUUCUCCGCAACCUUUCAUUAGUUGUUAUACUCAAAAGCAUCAAUAAUGCUUUGUGGUAUUAAUUAUUCAUAAGGAGAAUUUGGUUCCUGCCCAUGUCUGAGCUUAUGUCACAUACAGAAUGUUAGAAUUCAACAGUGGGAAAAAAAGAUUCACAUUUGUUAUAGGUGAAACGUCAGUUUAACCUUUACAGUACCAGUCAAAAGUUUAGACACACUUAGUCAGUCCAGGGUUUUUCUUUAUUCUUGCUUUUUUCUACAUAAUAGAAUAAUAGACCGGUGAAAAUCAGGUUGAGAGAAUGUCAAGAGUGUGCAAAGCUGUCAUCAAGGCAAAGUGUGGCUACUUUGAAGAAUCUCAAAUAUAAAAUAUAUUUUGAUUUGUUUAACAUUUUUUUGGUUACUACAUGAUUCCAUGUGUUAUUUCAUAGUUUUGAUGUCUUCACUAUUAUUCUACAUUGUAGAAAAUAGUCAAAAUAAAGAAAAACCCUUGAAUAAGUAGGUGCGUCCAAACUUUUGACUGGUACUGUAUGUGUAAUAGGUUAAGUCUUCGUGUUAAAGGGAGAGCUCACUUCAUGCUAAAACCGGCCUUGAUUUGUGAGCUAAAUGAAAAUGUCAGCGUUGGUCUAGGAAGAUGGGAUGGGAGUUUGCAGCAGUGGCUAAUGAUUGUCUGUGUGUAUCAGUGAGAGAGAGAGAGAGAGAGCAAAAAGGACAGAAAGUAACAACCUGAACAGGUUUGUUAUAAUGAUAUGAAAACGGAUGUAUUUAUUUCAAAGUUGUCACAAGCCUAUUUCUUAGGAUGCGUCAAGCUGAGUUUGAGAGCAUACGCACAGUCACUAUUCUCUGGGAGUUGCAAAUAAAUGAUGUAAAAUGUCACAAGCUCUUCAGUUUGGCCCCUUUUCCCAUCACCUGUAUCUAUUAUACUAGUGCCAAACCAGAACUGUGUAAUUGUUUUGCUGUCCAAGCAUUAUUAUUCUAUGCUUCAGGGUGCUCAUUUUAUAAAAAAUAUUAUUGUGUAAAAAUAAUAAGUACACCAGCUAACGAGGAAUACAAGUAUUGAUUGUUGUUAACUAGAUCAUGUAGAUGUUUUCAAGCCAUUUUGUAUACUUGUACUCUGAGACUCUUGAACUUGCAAUGGUGUUUUGUAAUGCUAUCAAAGUAUGGUGACCUGCACAUUUCCCUGUGAAAAGGAAGUUUGCCGUCCCUGCUAGAAGUCAUUCUCUCUCUCUUGAGGUAAUCACCACACACCAGCUUAUGCCAUGUAAAAGACCAAAGUAAAAUGGCUUUUGGAGUGCAAGUGCAGAAUCAUUGCUAUAAGGCUUUCUACUUGGCCUCAGAAUUGUUUUAUUCUAACUUCUAAGCUCCUUCUUCGUAAUCAUUAGGCCAGGAUAGUUAACAACCAAAAUGGCAGCCAUGUGGUCUAACUACCUCAUGUAGUCAUCCUUUCAGUCUGACUGAUGGAAUGACCACGUGAGAUGGAUCCCCUGGUGCUGCUCUCUGCACGUGUUUUGGGGGGAGAUUGACAUAUUUUGGUUUACUUUCACAUAGUGUUAGAGGACUGUCUGUUCUGGUCUUCGAUUGUUUAAACCAGCUUGAUCAUAUCCUAAUGAUCACUGCAUUGCCGUAGAUGUACGUACAUAUAGGGUAACAGCCCCUGAAGUUUUGAUUAAUACAUGUUUCAUGACAACUUUUGACAGAAUACCUGUAUAUUCCUAUACAAAUUUGUUUUUUUCAAACAAGUUUCACUUAAGGCCUUGCGAAAGGGAGACAGAGAGCCAUACAAAAAUGUGUGUUUAAAUUCAGGAAAACGUAACUGUCAAUGCUUUUGAAAAUGGAUUUAUUUUAAAACAACUUUUCAGUCAUUUUGAAUAUCAGUUUGAUCCUCUUUGAUAUGAAUCAUUUUACUGUCUUUUUGUGCAUUUGAUGAGUAAGACAGUAAUUGUUUUAUUUUUCUGUUGGUUUGUGUUUGACAAAGAUAAAUGUAUUGCAUAUGUACUUAGAAAGUGUUAAUAUGUUGUCUGACUAAAUAUAAAUUCUAUAAAUCAAUGGGAAAGAUUAUAUGAAAGACCACUUUGUUUUAGAAAAUGUGGGUUUUGGGAGGGGAUGAAGGACUGGAGUAUAUUUUGUAUAGUGCAACAGAGUUGCCAAAGCAGAGAGAACAGAAGUAUUCAAACAGCCAGUUACAUUUACAGUAGCACUUAUUAUCCAAUUAUAGUACCUAUUUUUAAAUAUAUUUUGUAAUGGUCUAGGCUUUGGUCUCUUGUAUAUUGCUGUGAGGAUUAACCAGUCAUUUAAAAAUACAUUUAAAAAAAGGUAUUUGUGUGAAAGUAAUCUACCAGAGAAUUUGCACUACCACGUUUCAUAAUAAAUAGGAAAAGAGGUAGGUCUGUACUCAAGUCUUUGCAGUGAAAGAAAGGAAAUGGUCGUUUUUCACUGCAAACACUAAAUACUGACCUGCCUCAUAUUCCCAUUGAUUUCAGAUUGAUUUGUUUUGGUCUACGAACCACAAAACGGCCUACAAGAAUCUACAAAUAUAUGUUAAUUCACUACCUCAUCUCAACCUCAUACUGGUUGAGAGAGUCUAUUUUCUGUAUAAAAUACAUACAAAUAGUAUCUUUAAAGAUUGAGGGCAGAUCAUAUUUCACUGGUAUAUGGCUUUCAUUAAAGUCUGUUCUGUUUGUAUUUCAGUUCUGUACAUGUAAUCCAAAUGUAAAGAAUAUAUACAUUGUCUAUUUGUUUACAAAAUAGUUUGUAUUACCGCUGUCAAUAUUUUCACCAAUUUGAUUAAAUGUUGGACUAAAAUGUCUGUAGUUCUGGUUGCUCUAGUUUCACUUCAUAGCGGUGCGUGGGUAGAUGAUUAUCAAAUGUUUCUCCAGAUAAACCUGUUCAUAAAAUAAAGGGUUUCUCAAUCA